CUGCCAGCGUUCGGAGCUCCAUCGGGCAUCGGCCGUCGCAUCCUCCGCACUGUCCGCAGUCGAUCUGGAGAUUGAAGCCGUAGAUCGGAAAAUUUUUAACUUCUCCGCUGGUAUAAAUUAUGGACAACGGCGGCGAAUUCCGAUGCGUCGAGUGUGGAUUAUCGGUUAACUCUCUCUACAUCCAGUACUCUCCCGGCAACAUACGCCUCAUGAAAUGCGAUAACUGUAAAGCUGUCGCGGAUGAGUAUAUCGAAUGCGAAAUCAUGAUUCUGUUGAUUGAUUUGAUUUUGCAUAAACGAAAAGCAUAUAGGCACUUGUUCUACAAUAUGUUUCCUCGAGUGAGGCUCAAUUUUGAGGGAUUGCUGUGGAAAUUGCUUCUGUUAUUUCUUCUCUUGGAUUCUUACAGAAUGAUGAUCCUAAGCACUACUCCUAAGGAGAGGGUCUUGCCUACAACCUUUGAUUCAUUAGUGUCCAUCUACGGGAAGGUUCUGUAUGGAGUCCUCUUUGUGAACCCCGUCUUCCUUGGAACAUUACUAUUUGGCACAAUGAGGUGUCUGAAAUCAACUGUUAGAGAUUCUGGGUUUAGGUCAGUAAUGCUUGCAAUUCUCAUUUCAAGUUACUUAAAGAUUUUCCUUGUGGCCAUGAUGGUAUGGGAAUUUCCUCGUGCUGUUAUUUUUGUUGUUGACAUUCUUAUCUUCUCAUCCAAUACACUAGCAUUAAAAGUCGUUACAGACAAGGACAUGAUGCAAUGCGUAUGGGUCUGCUUGGGUGCACACACCUUGAAGCUAUUUAUGGAGCAAAGCCUCAUAGGAUUUCCAACUCUCUCCGAAUUCUAUUAAUCUCCCACGAACUUAUUUUGAGUUUCAAACUUCACUUCAUGCCUAUAUAAUAUAUAAUGCACCAGGUUCAGGCUUCAAAGGUGUGAUUUCAGAUAGCGGAAACCCACCUUAGAGGGCCUGCCACCACUGCCCCGGAGUCUAAUGGAUUACAGAUACUCUUGUCUAACAAACAAUGAGUGGCAGCAGUGCAGCAAAGAAAAAGGAAACACCACAAACAAACACACAAAUUUUGGCCUGAUCUGAGUUUGUGUUUCUAGAGACAAAGCCUUCUUCUACAUCCAUCAAAGGGGAGGGAAAGCUUGCAUGGAGAGUGUCCCAAGUCUUUCACAACCUCAUGGAUCAAGUCUGUGCAUAUACCAUCUUGUAAAGCCACUCCUAUCUUUCUAGCCUCUCCAUGCUCGCCGCAAGCUAUGUCACUGCACGCUUCCUCUACACUCUCGGCCAUUUCUCUGCUGCGCCGCAUUACCGGAGAAGAUGAUGAUUCAAAUCCCCCCUCGCGGUUUGUUUGGAAAGAACAUGUUUUGAAUUUCUUGAUAAUGGAGUUCAUGCUCUCAUCCAUGGCUACCUUGUUCCUACUCUGUUGCACAAUGUGCCCUGCUAGAGAAUAUAUAUAAAAAUAUAAACCAACAUAUAAUUAAGGUAUCAUCUUCCUAUUAAUUAGAGGAUCCUAUGUGAACUUGUGAAGUUUGAUAACAAAAAAAAAAACAUCUUUGUCAUCAUCAGCCAAACACAAGAGUGGAUACUAGACAGCUAAACAGAUUAGG